UCCGAGACAUUGUGCGGAGCAUUCUUCGUAACUGGUCAUGGGUAUUUAAAGAGAUUUAGGUUACAAAGAACUGCAUUACAGUUUCUGCCAGCGUUAACACAAUGGGUGAUUUUUGGAUUGCAUCCUCCGCGCACAGCCCCCUGCCGGAAUUUACGGUUGUUGGCGGCCAUGACAGCGACAGCUCGCCGGUGUAUGUCGGUCGUGCCGAACACAAUGGUGAGGUGUUGGCUGCCAAAGUCAUACCCAGCAAGGGAUGUGCCUACGUGGCCUGGGGUGGCCAGGAACAUGUGAAGUAUCACUACGAGGUGCUGCGAGGACCCGGCUAUAGCUGGGUCCAGGCCGAACAUGGACAGGUGCCAGCGAAUGCUGUCUCACCCGGCCUAAGCGGUGAUGGCGAACCGCUGUACGUGGGACGUGGUCACCACUGUGGCAGUUUGAGUGUCGGCAAAGUUCAUCCCUCUCAUGGUUGUCUCUAUAUACCGUAUGGAGGCCAGGAGGUAGCCUUACAUCGCUAUGAAAUUCUGGUGCGCAAUCCCAGAGAUAACUGGAUGGCAGCCGGCCUGGAUUAUGCUCCAGCAAAUAGCGUGGUUGCUGGCCAUGACAGUGAUGGCAGUGUCAUCUAUGUGGCUCGGUCGCAACAUAACGGCCUAUUGUUGCCGGCCAAAUUUAUUCCAGAUCGCCGAGAGGCCUAUGUGGCCAGUGAUGGCAAUGAAAUCCGGAAAUCUAGCAUAGAGGUGCUGGCGGGUCACAACAACUAUGCCUGGGUUCCGGUUUACAAUGGCGCAAUUCCACCGAACGCCAUAGCCUCGGGGCAUACACCGUCCCAGGAACCCAUGUAUAUUGGAAGGGCGCAUCACAGUGGCAGCCUGACACCAGGUUUGGUCCUAAUCGAUAAUGAUAGUGUUCUCAUUCCCUAUGGAGGUCGUGAGGUCUCUGUGCAUCCAUAUGAGAUUUUGACUAGAAUUUAAGUAAGGAUUCAAGAUGUUGUUGUUGUUGUUAUUUUUGUGGAAAUUAAUAAAAAUUGGAAAUCU